AUGGCGGCCAGGCGGCCAAGCACCACCCUGAGCGUGCUCCUGGUGUGGAUGCGGGUGGCGUCCACCUUGGUGGACCUAGACCUGCAGAAGAUUUCAGGGUUCUGGCGGGAAGUUGGUUUGGCCUCGGAGUUCAAUAUGGCCCUGGAUGCGGGGAUGAAGGUGGAGGGCUUGUUCAUCACCUUGAGUGGCCGGAACAUGACCGUGAAGGCUGCGUAUAACAAGUCGGGAAGCUGCACCACAGAGAAAGUGGUGGGCUCAGGAAGAGACGCCGCUGUGGGGAAGUUUGCCUUCCCUGGUCACAGGGAGAUCCACGUGCUGGACACAGACUACGAGCACUACGCCAUCCUGAGAGUGUCCCUGCAAUGGCAGGGCAAGGAGUUCCACGUGUUCAAGUACCUCACUCGGAGCCUGGACAGGGAGGAUGAGCCUGGGUUCUGGAGGUUCCGGGAGCUGACAGCAGACACGGGCCUUUACCUGGUGUCACGGCACAGGAGGUGUGCCAAGCUCCUGAAGGAGGUGAGCCCACACCCCUCGGUCUGCACUGAAGACCCUAGCCCCGGCUCAGCAGAGCCCUGGUGGGAGCCGCCUGGUGCUAGUUCCGGGGGCAAGAGAGGGCCGUUCACCCUCUGA